AUGGCGCAGGUCAAAGGAGCGAUAGGUCAGAACCUGUCCACAGAGGAGGCAAUCGCGAUUACCUGCUUAGCGACGGCUGGCAUCUAUAAUGCCUUCGAGUUAUACGUUCUUAUCUUCACGAGAUUUCGACGACGAAGCGGACGAUAUUUCUGGAGCAUGCUCGUCGCAAAUACCGGCAUCCUACUACAUGCGUGUGGCGGCUUGGGUCGGUUUAUGCAACCUACAAGAACGGUGAUACCGGGGAUAUUCGCCCACGUUGGCUGGUAUUGCAUGGUCACCGGCCAGUCCGUCGUCCUAUGGUCACGACUGCAUCUCGUCGUCUACAAUCGUAUUACGAUUCGGCUGGUGUUAGCGAUGAUAAUGACGUCUUUCUUCUGCGUUCACAUCCCGCAAACGAUCCUCUUCGCUGGAGUCUGGGCAGGCAAUAAUCCAGUUUGGGACAAUCGCUUCAAGAUCUUCGAAAAGGCAUCUUUGAUGGUGUUCACUCUACAAGAAAUGAUCAUCACUGGAAUCUUCGUCAGGGCUGGAUUUCGAAACUUUAAAAGCCUCUUCGAAUUCAAAGCACAAGAGGCCAAAGUUCUGCUCAGCUUCAUGGUCAGCAUGUUUGUCUUGGUGUUCCUUCUCGACACUGGUCUCGUUAUCCUGGAGUACAUGGGUUACUUCGUCUUCCAGACAACCAGCAAGCCCAUCGUAUACAGUAUCAAGCUGAAAGUUGAAUUUGCGGUUCUGGAAAAGCUUUUGGCAUUCACACGGAUGAAGCAGUGCGACUGCCAUCAGCUGGAAGACAUCCCAACGACUAAAGCCAAGUCAUUCGCGAAUAAUACUACAUUCGUCACCACCAUCAACACAAUCACUUGA